CGAGUUUCCACUUGGAUGCGGGAACCUUGUUGGCUCUGCAGGACAUCACGCUUCACGACGGACCGAGAAAUGCAGUGAGAUGAACUAAGGUGCAGGAGGAUUACCUCUCACUAUCUCCAUCUUUCUGAAGGUGGGCGUUGCCCUGACCAUAUGGUCCUCAAAAGAGAACGUGUGCGGGCAGGUUAUGAGUUUCAAUGGUACCUGGGCUGUUUAGCAUCUUCCCAAGCAAUACUUAAACACUUUGGCUUCCUCGUCCUGGAACUGCAACCACAAAAACACUCGGCUCUCGCACGACUGCAGCAAGUUCCAGUCUGAGCUCUCAGGCACGAUACCGCCUCGCCAAUAUCCCCAAGGCCUGUUCUCUACCUGAGCUGUGAGAAAAUGAAGCCCAGCAUGCCACAGGGCAACCGGUUCCUUGGAUUAAGCAAAAAUCAACGAGGGGUGCCACCGCUUCUAACCAUUCCUUCAAAAAUGGACGAUGUUGAUCCAGAUGCACCUCCUCAGAGCAGCGACGAGGAAGGAUUUGCGGAAUCCAUGAGAGGCGAUUUGACGAACUUAUUGCAUCGUGGCAGACAGGGAGAACAAAAGUCAACUUCUCCCUCCAGAGAACACGGCAGCUCUCCAGGAACCGACAUCACCACCAACUCAUCUACAAGGCCAGCGACGCGGCAACAAAAAAGGUUGCUGGAUGAAAUUGAAGAUGAUCAGACUGACCAUGAAGGAAGCUCAAUCGUACAGCCUCCUCCAAAAAGGGUAUCUACGGAAAAGAAGACGGGUCAGCAACAGUUGGGCAGCCAGCACCAGUCUAGCAUCUUCAAAUCCAGGAAAGAGAUAUCGAAAAAAUUUGGCAAAAACAACGGCUUCCACAUACCCAGAGAUACGAAACAGCCAGGGUUAAAAACCCCAAGGGUACUCAAAAUACCACCAGCAGCCGCCGAGAAUGGGAAGGCGGACGCUCCCAGGACGAACUUUCGAAUCCCCGAUGCGAUAUCUGGCUCCUCUCCAACCAAUGUUUCCUCGGUAACGAAGCUUACCAAGACAGGCUCUGUACGACCUCGUGUACGGCCUGUAAAGUCGAAAUCUGACAAGGAAAAGAGAAAAGCUGAGGAAGAAGCCAAGAAGCGACAGCCGACUAUUCUACGAAUUCCAAAGGACUUUUCAUCUCCCUUCGAUUUGGACAAAGAGCUGGAAUCAGGAUUCGAAGAAGCAGACAUUACGUUACCUAUACUGCUAAGCUCACCCCUCAAAAAUUUCGACUCCGCUCCUGAGUCAAACCGGAAGCUCGUCUGCCCGAUGUGUGACGAGGAUGUCGACGAGUCCUUCUUUGACACCCUUAGAGCGAGGCAAACUAGAAUGACUCUUCACCAAGAACAACAGUUCUGCCUUUCUCACAAGAGGAAAUCAGCCAAGGAAGAAUGGCAGAACAAGGGAUAUCCUGACAUCGAUUGGACUGUGCUGGACAAGCGGAUAAAGAAGCACCACGACUUUCUUCGCACCAUUCUCAACGGCGGUAAAUCCUACUACGCCAAUGCCCUCAGUGACAAGAUCAAGUCGGGUCAGAACAAGACUCUACUGAAAUCAGAGGGGAAUCUGACUCCUGGGUACUACGGCAUGCGCGGUCUGCGGCUUAUGUCGGAAUCCUUGGUCAAUGAGUUCUCUUCAGAGUUACGGAAGAGAGCGGUGCAAGAUCGCCUGGUUUCGAAGCGUGGCUAUAUGGUAUACGUACAAUCCGUUUUGGUCCCAGAGUUGGCUGUGCGGCUGAUUAUGGAGGAUAUGUCUCAGGAAGGGACAGACAAAGUGACAGAGGAACAGGCAAGGACUAUCAUGAAAGACAGCACAUGGGUAGGAGAGCUUUUGAACGAAGAAGAUGCAGACCACGUCUUGUAUGAGGACGAAGAAGACGAGGAAAGCCAAAAUGAUGAGAUGGGCCUCAGAGACGAGGACGAGGCUCAUCUCAGAUACGAGUAUGAAAGCAGGUUGAAAGACGAGGACGAGGAGGAGCCCAAGAGCGAGGAUACAGAUGGUGAAGAAGGACAGGACGAAAAGAUCAGGUCCAAUGGCAAUGAUAUCAUUCACAUCAGAGAUGAUGAUAGAAUCAAAUCCGGGGAUCGAAAAGGCACAAAGCAGGAGAGCGAAGGUAUCAAGUCCAACGGCAACGAUAUCAAUCACAUGGAGGUUGAGAAGGAUGACGACAGUCAUUCAAUAAUAUCUUCAAUAUCCAGUCUAUCGGAACUCGGCGAUCUUUAAUCAUUUUACACGCCCAUUUCUCCGAGAGCACGCGUAAGAACUAUAUCUUGAAGAGUUCACAAGGUGGCCAACCUGAAGGAUUUAGUUUGUCGUCGGGAGCACUGUUGAUGGGGCUCAAGCAUGCUGAUGUUCACAUAGCAUGUGCUGGGAGGAGCAAAUAAAACAACCUGUGAGCUGGGCAAGCUUCUCUCGUUUCUUAUAUCCUUGAUCGUGCAACACCUUGGGCGUUUCUCCUCGUCUUGGGCACACAUCAAUGUUCUUCUCACAAAGCCCCCUUUUCCUUCACCAAACAUUGUUGGUUUGUUCCGGGUUGCCAUGUAAGUUGCUGGUUGGAAGGGAUUUAGAAGGAAACCACGUCUGUUUGUAGAGGUUUCCAUUUGUUUCAGGAUAGAAACGUGCGAAGUCACAAAUCAGAUUCACUGUUCCGCGAUUGCGGCA